CUGCGGGGCUGUGGGACCUGCGCCCUCUGGAGCAAUUCCAUACACUCGCUCCACCUGGCAGAAAGGAAAUUGCCCAGCAGGAGGCAAGGCGCAAAGUCCUCUUAGCCGUGUGCAGAGGUGGGGCAGAGAGAAAAGGUCAGUUUUUCCCACAGGAGCAGCGCACAGAGCCAGUCCACCAUGGACGCCCUAGUCCGACUCCUGCAGCUGCUGGUGCUGGUGCUGACCCUGCCCCUGCACCUGAUGGCUCUGCUGGGCUGCUGGCAGCCUCUGUGCAAAAGCUACUUCCCCUACCUGAUGGCCACGCUGACAGCCAGGAGCAACCGCAAGAUGGAGAGCAAGAAACGGGAGCUCUUUGAUCAGAUAAAGGCAUUGACGGGAGCCUCCGGGAAGGUGGCCCUCCUGGAGCUGGGCUGUGGCACUGGCGCCAACUUCCAGUUCUACCCGCCAGGCUGCAGGGUCACCUGCGUGGACCCAAAUCCCCACUUUGAGAAGUUCCUGACAAAGAGCAUGGCUGAGAACAGGCACCUCCACUACGAGCGGUUUGUGGUGGCUCACGGAGAGGACAUGAAACAACUGGCUGAUGGCUCCAUGGAUGCGGUGGUCUGCACCCUAGUGCUGUGCUCUGUGCAAAGCCCGAGGAGGGUCCUACAGGAGGUCCAGCGGGUGCUGAGGCCGGGAGGAGUACUGUUUUUCUGGGAGCAUGUGGCUGAGCCGCGUGGAAGCUGGGCCUUCAUGUGGCAGCAGGUUUUAGAGCCUACUUGGAAACACAUUGGGGACGGCUGCCACCUCACCAGAGAGACCUGGAAGGAUCUUGAGAAUGCCCGGUUCUCUGAAGUCCAAAUGGAACGACAGCCCCCUCCCUUCAAGUGGCUUCCUGUUGGACCCCACAUCAUGGGAAAGGCUGUGAAAUAACUUGCCCUGAGCCCCCAAGGAGCAUAUGUGCCCUAUAGCAAAACUUAAAAAAAAAAGGACUAAGCCAUCCACCAGCCGAGUCUAUCCUCUAACAAGAGGGAUCAAGUAGAAGGAACGGGAAGCCUGCCCCACUCUGCCAGGGGAAGCCUAGCUUCAAUCUCUCCUUGCACAGGGAAAAAGCUCAGUUUCUACCCUGAGGAGGAGGCGGUUUACCCGGUCUUAUCCUUACCUGCAUAUCCACUCCCUAGGACAGCUCCCUGAUCCUCCUCUUGUUCCCACAGUAAACUUCUCCCCAUCCUC